AUGAAUGUGACAGACGCUGAUGUGAACAUGACGGCUCCGCUGGACUCCUGGAUUUCGCUGAAUGACGUUGUGAGCAGGAGCACAAUCGUAGUGAUUCUCGGUAUCAUGAUCAACUACAUCAAUGCCACAAUGGUGCAUACUUUCAGCAAACAUUAUAUCUUUAAGACAAAUCCUCGUUACAUCCUCUUCAUUCAUCUGGUGCUGAACGACAUGAUCCAGCUGACAGUUGUCAUCUCCCUUUUCCUUCUGACCUACAUCUUCAACACCAUAUAUGUGCUAUUAUGUGCUCUCUUUAUCCUUCCAUCUGUGCUCACCACACAAAACACACCUCUCAAUCUCCUUUUCAUGGCGGUCGAGUGCUAUAUCUCCGUCUGCAUCCCCCUGCGUUACAACCAAUUAUGUACAGUAAAGCGGACGUACGCAGUCAUCGGCACAAUCUGGGCAGUAAGCUGUCUUUCUGUCCUGCCAGACAUGAUCGUCCUGUUGACCACCGAGUCUCAGCAGUUCCUCUUGAGCUUGGUGAUCUGCCACAGGGACACAGUGUUCAGGAGCAGCUACAUUAGAAAUAAGAGGGAUGGCACUCACAUUGCAUUCCUUGUGAUAGUUUGGCUCACUCUCUACUACACAUUCUUCAGAAUUCUGUUUGUGGCCAAAACUGCAGAUGUGAAUGCAAACAAGGCCAGAAACACCAUCCUGCUUCACGGUUUCCAGGUGUUGCUGUGCAUGACUGUCUAUGUGCAGCCUAUGUUCACUCAAUUCUUGUUAUCUCUCUUCCCUAGACAGAGGGGUUUGGUUUUUUUUACUGUUUUUGUCAUCAGUCAAAUCCUUCCUCGCUUUUCAAACCCCAUCGUUUACGGUGUGCGGGAUACAACUUUCAGGAAGUACUUCAAAAGAUAUCUCAGCUGUGGGGUCACAAGGCAUGUUCAUCCUCAGACGGAAUUCAAGUUUUAA